AUGGUUAGAUUUUCGGUGAGUCAAGAUGGGCUUUGUUCAGUGAAUAAAUCUGUAGAGAGUCACAAUCACGAACUAGCUAGGCCGGAUGAUCAAUAUUUGUUCAGGUCAGCUAGGUCAAUUAGUGAUGAUAAUGCAGCCGUUUUGAAAUCUAUGAUAGAAGCCGGUAUAAGAACUGUCGAUGUAUUUACGUACCUAUCUAAUGAAGUUGGAGGUGUGGCUAAUCUUGGAUUCACGAAGCGGGAUGGGUACAACCAUAUCCAAAAAGAAAGAAGAGUGAUGUUUGAGAGUGGAGACACUAAUUCACUGAUCAAGUUGUUUAAAGAACGGGCAAUUGAUGACCACAUGUUUGCAUGGGAUGUUGAAACAGAUAAAGAUGGAUGUUUGUUGAAUUUCUUUUUGGUUGAUGAUCUUGGUAGAAUCGAUUAUGACUGUUUUGGGGAUGUGAUUAUAUUCGAUACUAGUUAUCGUUUAAAUAAAUAUGAGUUAGCUUGUGCCCCAAUUGUCGGAGUGAACAAUCAUUGGCAAAAUGUUCUACUAGGAGUUGUAUUUUUAUCUGAUGAGACUAUAGCUUCUUUUACCUGGCUUUUUCAAACAUUUAUAAGAAUCAUGGAUAACAAACAUCCCAUUACCAUUUUUAUUGAUCAGGACUAA